AUGGAGCCCAAAAAGGACCUCCCAGUCCCUGACACUCCGGCUUCUGCUGCUCGGAAGGUUUUGGCUGCUCAUCUCUCAUCCCAAUUCGGAGUUUGCACUGGUGUUCUCUUUACUUAUCUGUUGUCCUUAUCCACUCUUUCAAUUCUUUUGUUCGUUUAUUUGCAGGUAAAGUUUCUCCCCAAAGCCCCUCCUCGCCGAACUUCCAAACCCGCAGAAAUUAAAACUGAAGUCGUUGAGGAUGCAGAAGCUGCUCAGACCAGGAAAUUGUUGCAACGUGUCACUGAUGCUUCAACGAGACGAGGGCCUAGGGUCGAAAAAAAGGCUGCAGCACAAGUCACAUUUUAUCAAGGUGCAUCUCCUUCUUUAAGGACAUAUAACAUUCCUAAGGGAGGGAGUAGCCGCAGUAGUCGAAAUGGAUCAGAACCUAAAGGUUUUGAUUCUCAUGAUGUUUCCCAAGCAUCAGACCAGGAUUUGAAGAAGGAAUAUGUCGAACCCUGGAAUUAUUUCAGUUACUAUCCUGUUACACUUCCUCUGAGGAAGCCGGGUUCAGGAGAUCCAGAGGUUCUUAAUGAAGAGGAAUUUGGAGAGGCUGCAGAGAACUCAGAAUAUAAUGAGACUUCUAUAAAUCCAGCUAUGGAGCUUGGGCUGAUGGAAGAAAGUGAGGAACCAAGAAUGUUGUUCCUUCAGCUACCUUCUUCUCUUCCUUUGGUUAAGAGAUCAGCUAGUGCAAAGGGGAAGGAGACAGUUGCGACCUCAAACCCGUUCAAAAGUGUGGGUCCUGCAGAGAAGGGCUGCAGUUUGGAGGAGUUGCCACCUGGUUUCAUGGGCAAAAUGCUGGUUUACAAGAGUGGUGCGAUCAAGCUGAAGUUUGGAGAAAUCCUUUAUGACGUUUCUCCUGGUUCUGAUUGUAUGUUUGCCCAAGAUGUUGUAGCAAUCAACACUGAAGAUAAACACUGCUGUGUCCUUGGGCCACUGGACAAGCAUGCAGUAGCCACUGCAGAUGUUGAGUACCUCUUAAAUAGUGUGAUUGAACUGGAUUAACAUAAUGAACUGGAUUAACAUAAUCCCACACCAAAACAAGAAUCAGGGACAGACUUUGCAUUGUAGUGAAAUUCCAAGAACCCUUGAUUGCCAAUGUUGAGGCCUUGUUGCAGAUAGGUUGAUGAGAGGGGAACCUCUUUUUGUAUAGUUAACUGCUGUCAAAUGCUUUGAAGGACUAGCGAGGAUGUUAACCAUGAAGACCCAAACCAACAAGAAGGGGAAGCCUUGUACAUAUUGAAUCUUUGUAUUUGUGUGACUCUUUUCAUGCAGUGUUACCUGGGUCAGAUGUUGCACAGUAACUUGAAUGUGUAA